AUGCCUCACAGAAAAACAGAAUCUUUAAAUUUCUACAAAUAUUUGUGUCAAAAUAUUGGAUCAGAGGCAAUAGUAAAAGCUAGACGAUUGGAAUUGAUAAGUAGUGACUUUGCAAGUUCUAACAGACUUUUUCCUCGCAUUUACAGUGGAAGUCGAGGAGAGGGACUGGAUCUUAAAGGUAGUGAUAUUGAUGUAAUGAUAAUUUGUCCUAACUAUGUAGUAUACGAAUCAGAUAAAUAUGUUGUCCAUAAUUGGUUGCCAGUGUUAGUAAUGGAUACUGAGGACUCACCACCGUGUUUUACACAACUAGAAUUAAAUACCAAUGUUAAUAACUUACCAAACUUCUUAAAACAACAGCUACACCAACAUAGAGGAAAACUCUUACUUUCAAGUAAGCUUUACAAAUCACGAUUGUUAGAACAAAUUAUUAAUUUUUGUCCAGGAUUGAAACUAAAUAUGCAUGGUCCAUGUUUGUCUGAUAUUAAUGAUAAGAUGGAUUAUGCAAUCUGCCUUAAAUGUGACCAGUGGGUAUCUCAAGCCCAACCAUGGAUAUCAAGAACCCGCUCGGUAUGGCCUUCACCUGAACUUAUUUCCAAAAUAACGUUAUGUGGUACUUUAUUUGUCCCAAUAGGCAACAAGGGAUCCGUAAAUGAGAAUCUUCAGUGGCGAAUAUCUUUUUCUGUUGCAGAGAAGAUAUUAAUAUACUCGUUCAGUCAUACCCAGUUACUUUGCUAUGCUUUGUUAAAGAUAUUAUUGAAAGAAAUAGUAAAUGAAAAGGAGGAAUUAAAAGGUUUAUUGUGUUCAUACUUUCUGAAGACUCUUAUGUUUUGGAUAUCAGAAGAAAAUGAAACAUCAGUCUGGAGACCAGACAAUAUCAUUCCCUGUUUUAUGACCUGUUUAAAAAGGUUACUAUACUGUAUAGAAUAUUCAACGCUGUUACAUUAUUUCAUUCCUGAUAAUAACUUGUUCUAUUUAAGAUUUAACAAUAAACAAAGGAAUACAUUAAUUGACUUCCUAAAACAAUCAUACCAAAAAGGAAUUCAGGUUUUCUCCUCAUCUCAGACUUUAUAUGAUUACAAAAGAAUUCCAAGUGAAACUACAAGAUCAGUGUGUGCAAAAACUAUGCAUACAGUUAUAGGAAGCAUGACAGAUGACUGUGUCUUUCAGUGUCCUUCUAAAUCAGGGCGUCAUUUGGCCCAACAAUUUUCUGCUGAAAGGUUUUGUGCUGAAUGA